GUUUGGGACACAAGUACUGUUUUUCCCCACUCAACCUCGCCCUUGGCUUGAUUUUAAACCAUCAAUUAUUCUGAGCAGCAGUUCACCUGAACCCAGAGAAUGGGAGAUUCAUCAUCAGAGUUCACCUUUUCGCUGGAUAACCUGUUCUUUGACAGACCUGUGGUUCAUAAAGUGAAACCAUUAUGUCAGGAGCAGAGUGUGUGGAAGCUGGACGCUGCACCUGAAAUUUCAUCAGUCCCAGCGACUCAGGAGCUCCAGAAAGAGGCCGAAAGCCUGAAUUCUACUGCUUACUUUCAGAAGCCAAAGAAGUUCUUGCCGCCUUUCCGAAGACCCGGUGUCAGUGUAGGACGGUGUGUCCAAAGUCAGACAGGUGAACUAGAAGACCAACAGGUGUUUGAAGCAUGGAGGCCUGAAAUACCUAUGACUGGAUUCCAUCCCACUGCCAGUAGCCAUCAGGGCUGCCCUGCCACAUCGCAGAAUUCAGGAGAAACGAGACUUUUUCUUCCCACUGGUGCUCAACUCAAAACCCGGUUAUUUAAACCUCCCAUGAAGAAGCUCAACAGUGUUCCCAUUCCACCAAGCAUCAGUUUGGUUGCUACGGCGACGGAGUAUCCGCUCCUGCCUCAUGCCAUGGCUGCUUCCUGUAGCCCUUUCGGAGAGCUCAGCCGGACGGAGGGAUGCAGCAAUCCCAAAGAACAAAACUGUUCUGUUGUUUGCCCUAUCACUUCCAAUCCUCUUCAGAUAGAAGGGCCAGGGAUCCUCCGUCCUGUCUCUGAAAUCCCUGUGAAAUUCAGGAGCGUCUUCAACGAGUUCCCAUACUUCAACUACGUGCAGUCUAAAGCACUGGAUGAUGUUCUUUACAGCAGCAGGAAUUUUGUUGCCUGCGCCCCCACCGGCUCGGGGAAAACUGUGCUGUUUGAGUUGGCGAUCAUUCGAGUGCUAAUGGAGACGACGGAACCGUGGCACGAUGUCAAAGCCGUUUACAUGGCACCCAUUAAGGCUCUGUGCAGUCAGCGAUAUGAAAACUGGAAGCAGAAAUUCGGGCCACUGGGAUUGAAUUGCAAAGAGCUGACAGGAGACACAGAGAUAGACGACUAUUUCGAAAUCCAGGAUGCCCAUCUCAUCAUGACAACACCAGAAAAGUGGGACAGCAUGACGAGGAAGUGGAGAGACAAUGUUUUACUGCACUCAGUCCGGCUCUUCCUGAUUGACGAGAUACACGUGGUGAAAGACGUGACCCGAGGAGCGACUCUGGAGGUGGUGGUCAGCAGAAUGAAGACCAUGCAGUCGUACCGCACAGCUGAAGAUCCACACGCAAAGACCUGCUUGAGAUUUGUAGCUGUUUCAGCCACCAUCCCAAACCUAGAGGAUCUAUCUGAGUGGCUGUCGGACCAGUCGGGUCCAGCUGCUUAUCUGAAGAUGGACGAGAGCCACAGACCGGUGAAACUGAGGAAAGUCGUGUUGGGGUUUCCGUGUGGAAACAACCAGAAUGAAUUCAAAUUUGACCUUUCGCUCAACUACAAGAUGGCCAGCAUCAUUCAGACCUACUCCGACCAGAAACCGUCGCUGGUGUUUUGUUCCACGAGGAAAGGAGUUCAACAGUCUGCUGCUGUGCUCGCCAAGGACGCCAGAUUCAUUAUGAGUAUUGAUCACAGACAGAGGCUGAUGAAAUAUGCCAACUCUAUUCUCGAUACCAAGCUCAGAGAUCUAAUAAUGUGCGGUGUGGGGUAUCACCACGCUGGCGUCAGUGUGUCUGACAGAAAACUGGUUGAAGAUGCGUUUACAGUCGGCGACCUGCCCGUCCUCUUCACGACCAGCACUUUGGCGAUGGGUGUGAACCUGCCAGCUCACUUGGUGGUGAUCAAAUCCACCAUGCACUACGUCGGUGGAGCGUGUGAGGAGUACAGCGAAGCCGACAUGCUGCAGAUGAUCGGUAGAGCAGGCAGACCACAGUUUGACACAUCAGCCACUGCUGUGAUCAUGACUCGAUCUCAGACUAGAGAGAAGUACCUGCAGUUAGUGAGUGGGUCAGAGACUAUAGAGAGCAGCUUGCACACGAACCUGGUAGAGCAUCUGAAUGCUGAGAUUGUCCUUUACACCAUCUCUGACGUGAACAUGGCUUUAGACUGGAUUCGUUCCACGUUCCUCUACAUCCGAGCUCUGAAGAAUCCCAAACACUAUGGUUUUUCAACUAAUCUCGACAAAAGUGGAAUUGAAACCAAACUACAAGAGCUGUGUCUCAGAAACUUGAACGCACUGGCUUCCUUUAAUUUGAUCACAAUGGAUGAGGACAUAAACAUCAAACCUACAGAGAGUGGGAAGCUGAUGGCUCGAUAUUGCGUUGCAUUUGACACCAUGAAGAAGUUUAUGAAGGUGACCGGUACAGAAACCUUGUCUGAGUUGGUUGAUAUAAUAUCGAAGGUGAAGGAGUUCAGUGACGUCCAGCUGAGGGUCAGUGAGAAGAGAACGCUGAACAUGCUGAACAAGGAUAAGAACAGGGUCACUGUCCGGUAUCCAAUGGAGGGAAAGAUCAAAAGCAAUGACAUGAAAGUUAACUGUUUGAUCCAGGCUCAACUGGGCUGCAUCCCAAUUCAGGAAUUUGGACUAACACAAGACACUGGGAAGAUUUUCAGGAGUGGAAUCAGACUUAGCAAAUGCCUGGUGGAGUUUCUCACUCAGCACUCCAAAAAGACUUUCUCAGCCCAGCUCAAUGCCGUGAUUCUGGCCAAGUGCUUCAGAGCCAAGCUGUGGGAGGAUUCGCCCUAUAUCGCCAAACAACUGGACAGGAUUGGUUUAUCUCUGGCUAAUGCAAUGGUGAAUGCAGGACUGACUUCAUUCAGCAAGAUUGAAGCCAUCAAUGCUCGAGAACUGGAGCUGAUCGUGAACCGACACCCUCCGUUUGGAAACCAGAUCAAAGAAGCCGUCAGCAGACUCCCAAAAUAUGAAGUUAGUCUGGAACAGCUUCCCCGUUACAGUGUCUCCACAGCAGAGAUUGUGAUCACAGUGAACUUGAAGAACUUUGAGGACCUGACUUUGAAAAGGACUGCUCCGGACCAUCAUUAUGUCACACUCAUAAUCGGAGACUGUGACAACAACGUCGUCUUCCAGCAGAAGAUCUCAGACACUUUACUGCUGAAGUCCGGAAGCUGGUCGAGGAGGAUCGAGGUGACGAGAACACCUGUCGGAGAUGAGAUCAGCAUCAAUUUAAUCAGCUCUGAGUACGUGGGACUAGAUAUCCAACAGAAAUUCAGUGCCUUCUACUCAGGAGCAAAGACCUUUAGAGCUGAAUCGUAUGGAGCGGAGAGUCCGGCGUUUCUGAGAAACGUGAGAGGAACCCCACAGAGAAACACCAGCACAGAGAAACCUGCCACAGCACGAGCUACGGUGCAGAGAGAUCAGUUUAAAACAGAUCCUGCUCAGACAGAUCCCAGCAAACGGCAGUGUAACCAUUUCUGUAAAAACAAGCACCUCUGUGGUCAUGAAUGCUGUAAAUCUGGCGUGCAGAAAAGGGUCAUGAAUCAAGAGCCCACUUUCUCAUCAUAUCUCCAAGAUCUAAAGAUGAGGAACGAGAAACUCAUGGAGACCCCGGUCAAGCGCUUGAAGAUGAGGAUGAAAACUGAGGCAGAAGCCAUCAACAUGCAGCAGUUCUCCUACACCCCGAAAGAACCGAUGCCUGCUCCUACAUGGAUUCAGACACAUCUUGCUCCACCCCAAGAGCAGGCGUAUUUUGAGCCACGUCAUGAUGAGUACAACGAGAACGCUGAAGAGUUUUAUCCUGGAAUGGAUGACGCAGUGGAGGAACAGGUCUUCCAGACUAAUGCUAACACGGCAUGCCACGACGAGAGAGCGCUGAGCAGAUUCCCUCCCUGUGAAGCCACAGCUCACGGCUCCGUCUCACACGUAGACCUCAGCACCGACAGUGGCUUUUCAUCCGACAUCCUCAACGUGACCUUUGACCUUGCACUGGACGACUGGGACGAUUUCGCUGACGAUAACUUCACGGCAGCUUGUGACGACUCGUACCAUCAGGGGCGUGGCUCUGCCCAAGCAACAGUUCCUCCAGUGUGUGUGGAAGCUAAACCAGGAUCACUGAGACCUCAAACACCAUCAAGGGUCGGAUGUGCAGCUCUUCCAUCGCAAAAUGCAGCAGAAGUGAGUUUCAGUACAAAGAGAGCGUGUCCGGAAUUUUCCGUCGCCUCGGUGAAACCGGCGCUCACGAAACAGAGUGAAAAUUUCUCGCUGAAGGGAGGAGCGAGUUUUUUUACACAGAGAGGUUCAGAGGACGAAGAGCACAAAGGCACCGACAGGAGUCGGACAGAUAAGGACAGAGAGGUCGACAUGUUCCUCGGUAUAUUUGAUGGAAUUUUCUAGACUGUCUUGUGGUUGCUGAUAAGGUUUAUUAGCUUAAACCAUACUAAAGUUGUUUAUGAAGUAAUUAUUUGAUUAGUUAUUAGAAAUGUUCUAUAUCGCUAUAAAAGCAACAGUAUUUAUGUACUGAAAAUUAUUUUUCAUGAAUUUGUUGAAGUGAAAUGAGUCAUGCUGUAAAGUUUACAGUCUUCUGUUAAAAAGAAUACAUUUAUUUAUUUAUUUAUUUAUUUAGCGAAAUGUAUGCUCGGUAUGGUGAGGUUGUUUGCACGCACCAUGGGUCUAAAUAAAUAAAUAAAUAAAAAUUCUUAUGCAAAGUAACAUCAGUUUUACUGCAUGAAUUUGAAUAUUUU